AUGUCGCUUCAGUCGUCUUUACAAGGGGCUCUCCCGCGACUUGAGAGCGUCACGUUCUCCGAUGUUGUAAUCGUUGGACUUGUUACCGUCGCUGUGAUCUUGCUCACCCUACCGUUAUGGGACCCGCUUGCUUCGGUCCCUGGGCCAUUUUGGGCUCGUUGGUCGCCUGUAUGGAUGAUCUACCACUCAUUCAAAGGUGACAUGCACCGGGAAAUGAUACAGCUGCACGAAAAAUACGGGGGUGUAGUCCGUACAGGCCCUUUUGAAGUCAGCAUCACGGAUCCAGAUGCAAUCCAGGUUAUAUACGGCGCUGGGUCUUCCUUCAGGAAGAGCGACUGGUAUAGUGUGUGGCAAGGUCGACGCAAGUUCGAUCUCUUUGCAGAGAGGAAUCCACACGUCCAUAGUUCUAACCGUAGGUUUGUCAAUUCUAUUUAUUCGCAGAGUGGACUUUCAGACUUUGAGCCAUAUCUGGAUACCGUCCUGGAAGUCUUUAUUUCGCGCCUGUCACAAAUGGAGACGAAACAUAUUGAUAUGGGCUACUGGGCUCAAUUAUUUGCCUUUGAUGUAAUUGGUGAAGUUACCUUUUCCAAACGAUUCGGUUUCAUCGAAGAGGCUAGCGACAAGGGAACAUUUGCCCAGAUUGAAGGGGCUCUUGGAUCAGCCUCAUGGGUAGGACAAGUACCCUGGCUCUACUGGAUUCAUGAUUGGCUCUCACCAUGGAUCGGAAACCAUCUCAAAGUCACAAACCGUCAUGGCCUGUUGCGCGAAAUAGCUGCAAAAGAAGUGAGCCAGCGAAGCUCAGUGCAAAGUACCCACCCGGAUAUGCUAGACAAGUUCAUGGAUGUCCACCGCAAGCACCCGGAGAAAUUUGACAAUACAGCCGUCAUGUCUAUGGCGGCUAGCAACAUCUUUGCAGGAAGUGAUACGACUGCUAUCUCCAUCAGCGCUAUUCUGUAUUAUCUCUGCAAGCACCCGGAGUAUAAGCAAAAGCUGCUAGAAGAAAUCGACGCUGAAGCGGAUGCUGGCCGGAUCAGUCGCACCAAUGUUCCAUAUAAAGUGGCUCAAAACAUGCAUUACUUGCAGGCUUGUAUUCAAGAGGGGUUACGCUGCCAUCCGGCUGUCGGGAUGUCUAUGCCCCGGGUUGUACCCCCCGAAGGCCUUGUUGUAAAUGGGAAACGAAUCCCUGGAGGGACUAUUGCUGGAACCAAUCCAUGGGCUAUUCACAGAAACAAGGAUAUCUUUGGGGAUGAUGCCGAUGUUUUUCGUCCAGAUCGAUGGCUCGAUGAUAACGUCAGCCAAAAGAGUAAGACCCUCCCUGAGUAA